UGUGAGUGGAAGUACAGAAUGAGCGCUCCAGACAAGCUUGUACCGAUUCCAAGUGAGCAUUGGCCAGAGUUGAGGGACCUGUAUCGAGCGGAUUGGCCAAAACAUGAAGUGGCCUACAAUACCAUACAGAACUACAUCAACUGGGUUAAGAUCGACCCUCGAAUUAGGAACCUAGAAGUGAUCAGUUUGAACGGAAGCUGGAGACAGAAUGGCACGUAUUUGGUUUUGGAUCGAAACCAGGUCUUCCCGUACACCUUGGAGGAGUCGUGCGAUUCUCUGCGGCGAGCAUUCGAGCUUCUAGACUGGGACUACAGCCAUCUGGUGUGCAAUUUGCUAGACUGUCACCGGUUUGCACUGGAUGCUGUUCAGAAACCAAUGCAGCUCGAGUACUGCUGGUAUCACCCCGCACAUUUGUUCUACCUGCCCAAAGAGGAGUGCCUCCGGUUUGAGAUGUACCUUCCAGCGGGAUUUCGUUUGGGCAAGCUGGGAAUCGAGCACGGACUGUACGCGAACCGAAUUUGGCCGCAUCGUAGCGAGGCUUCCGAGUAUUUCUUCAAGCGCUUAGCCGCUUGGAACGUGUCGAUUGGGUUGUUCAACGAAUCGGGCGAAUUGCUGGCGUGGUGCUUUCAGUGGCCUACCGGGGCUAUUGGUCCACUGGAGGUGCAUCCGGAUCAUUACCGGAAGGGUUACGGAACCAUUAUUGCGAAGGCGAUCGCCAAGGAGGUGGCUAAGGCAGGAUUCAAUUGUUACGGAACGGUCCGAGUUGAGAAUGAGGCUUCUGCUGCGAUGUUUACCAAGUUGGGAUUUAGACCUGUUGAUUGUCACAACUUCGUACGUAAUAAAGCGAGGAAGCUGUGCGAAUGGGCAGAUUGA